GCAUCACCUCACUGGCCAUUCACGCGAAUAAUCUUUCAUCAGCAUCACCUCAAAGAGCCUCAGCAAACUUUGUUUACACAUAUGUGCAUGUUUGUGCUCCUCAGUCCUUUUCCGUAACCAGCGAUUCAAUUUCCGUCUGGAAUCAGAACCCAAUUUCUGGGGUUUCCUAGCCAAAAUGAGUGAAGCCAACACUGAAAUGGAUGUGAUUCAUUCCUGGUCUGCACCAAGGUCUCUCAGUACCAGCCUCAUGUAUUCCUUUGCGCAGAGGGACGAUACUGAAGUUCUUGAUGAACCCUUGUAUGCAUAUUUUCUCAAAGUAACCGGAGCAAAGAGGCCAUACAGGGAUGCUGUUCUUUCAAAUAUGGAAUGUGAUGGCAAUAAGGUGGUCAAAGAUAUAAUUUUUGGCCCAGGAGAAAAGAAAUUUCGGUACUGUAAGCACAUGGCUAAGCAACACUUACCAGGUUUGACUGAUGAGUUAAUGAAGAGAGGAAAACAUUUCAUACUCAUCCGGAAUCCCAUUGAGAUCUUGCCAUCCUUUGAUGAGCAUGUCCCCUCAUCCUUUCUUGAGUUAGGGCUAGGAGACCUUGUCUCUUUAUACUCUGAGCUCUCCAGACUGGGAAAGCCUCCACCUGUCAUUGAUGCUGCAGAUCUUCGAACUGAUCCUGAGGCUACCUUGCACGGUCUUUGUGAAGAUCUUGGCAUACCAUUUCAAUCUACAAUGCUUAAAUGGGAAGCAGGGGCAAAACCAUAUGAUGGAAUUUGGGCUCCAUGGUGGUAUGAAUCCAUACAUAAGUCAACGUGUUUCACUCCGCCUCGAAAGUAUCCUUUGCCUUUUCCGUUGUCUUUGUAUGAGUUGCUGGAGCAAAGCCUUCCUUUAUAUAACAUGCUUCGGAGUCAUUCCAGAAGGACUUUGCCUCUUCCCAAAAUUCCUAUUCCAGCCAAUGAAAAGCUUCUUGCAUGGGUUGGGGAUGAACUUUUGCCCCGUGAGAGUGCAAAGGUCUCCGUGUUUGAUUCUGUUGUCCAAGGAGGUGAUGCAGUCUGGGAAGGGCUUCGAGUUUAUACCGGGAAGAUAUUGAAGCUUGAAGAUCAUUUAGAUCGGUUGUUUGACUCAGCUAAAGCCCUUGCUUUCUCUAGUGUUCCAACUCGUGAAGAGAUCAAGGAUGCCAUAUUCAAAACACUUAUAAGUAAUGGAAUGUUUGACAAUGUGCAUAUACGACUAACUUUAACACGGGGCAAGAAGGUAUCUUCCGGAAUGACUCCUGCUUUAAACCUUUAUGGAUGUACUUUGAUUGUGCUUCCUGAAUGGAAACCACCUGUUUAUGACAAUGCAAAAGGCAUCAUGUUGGUGACAGCAACCACUAGGCGUAAUUCUCCAAAUAAUUUGGAUUCCAAGAUUCACCAUAACAACCUUCUCAACAACAUUCUUGCUAAGAUAGAAGGGAAUAAUGCAAAAGCUGAUGAUGCCAUCAUGCUCGAUAAAGAUGGCUAUGUGGCGGAAACAAAUGCUACAAACAUUUUCUUGGUGAAGAAAGGCCGUGUGAUGACACCUCAUGCUGACUUCUGCCUUCCUGGUGUAACAAGAGCUGCAGUGAUAGAGCUAGUGCUGAAGGAGAAUUUGGUUUUUGAGGAGCGACGCAUUAGUCUAUCAGAGUUUCACACUGCAGAUGAGGUUUGGACCACUGGAACUAUGGGGGAACUUACCCCGGUUACAAAGAUUGAUGGGCGGCUUAUUGGAAGUGGCCAUGUAGGCCCUAUAACACUUAGGUUACAAGAUGCUUACAGAAAGCUCACAGAAGAGUCAGGAGUUCCUAUACCAACUUAUCAGACGACGUGAAUAUUGGGUCUCUAAAGGUUUGUGAGAUGGUGGGCUGUGAGCAGUGGAGUUUCUCUUUCUCACUUUGCGUUGAAGAACGGAGAGAUGGUCAACGGUUGGUUAUCAGCUACCCUAUGGUCAUGGUGUUAUAAACUAGUCAGUGAUAAGGCAUAAAACCCCAUUGGUUUAAUGUGCAGCUUUGUUUCUUUGUUCUGGCAAUAAAAGGUUGUGUAACAUGUAGCCUUAUUCGAAAUGCAAGGGAUAUGAAGUUGAAAUGUCCCAUUUUACAUUCUAUGAUUCCUUUCGUGAAUAACAAUGGUAUGUGUAUAAAUACUAAUCAUAUAAUGAAGUACUCCGUACUUUUUAUUUUCCAAGAUGAAAAUAAUAGUUUUUCAUCUGUUGUAAGUGUAACUCAGACGAACCGAUUUCUCGUAAAAUAGAAGUUAACCUCCCCU